UCACCAAGGGUCUUGCGCUUAACAAACGAUGACACAAAUUUGGACCCAUACAUCCGAACUUGGGCGGUGACUACCUUAUAAAAGUAUGUCAUCUCCGAACGAGAUCCGACCAUGACGAACUUCUACUAGUACCUGCACAUAUGGCAUGAAGUUCGUUACGUCCUCUUGGCAGCGCAUGUCUCUCUCCCCCUCAUCACUCCCCAGUACAUACAAUGGGUAGGGUAAUCUCAUACAGGUCCAUCGCAAUCAUCCUGCUUGCUUGUAUUCUAGGGGUCACCCUGCGAAACGUCGUAUUUACGCCGCCCGAUAACAACAUACUGGAUUUGGACUCUCCCACGUCGCCGCACCCUCCCGUAUUCGAUUACUACUACCCAGAGGAUGAUCCACUCUCGGUUGAUGAUACGGUAGACAUUGGCUUAUUAGUGCAGGAGGAACCUCAGCCCCCUCCGCUUGGUGAUCACCAUUAUGGUGAUAAUGGAUUGCUCGUGGUUAACCCAGAUGGACCUCAUCCCAUUUUUGAGCUUAUAGAGCGAGCAGAAGAAGCUUGGGAAAAAAAGCUUGGUCGCGCGAGUAAGACGCUAGGCGAAGCUGUUGCGGAAUAUAAACGAAGAUACCAUAGGCCUCCUCCUAUUCACUUCGAGAGAUGGUGGGACUAUGUAGUGACGCACAACGUCCAACUUCCAGACGAAUACGACGAGAUAUAUCAAGAUUUGGAGCCUUUCUGGGAGAGCAACUGGAGGACGCAGUUCAAUACUAUUGUUAUUGCAAAAACAGAACAACGCCCCUCCGUCGAGGUCGCCGACUACAAUUUACCAGAAGAUGCUACCGAAAGGCUCCUUGGUCGCAUCGACAAUGUACUACGACUCCUCCAGGAUAUAGAACAUCUUCUCCCUCCUUUCCGCGCUGUUUUUUCACCUCACGACAAUCCCAGUAUGCUAUCAGACCAUGGCGUCAAAUCCAAGGCACUUGAAGCGGCUGCUACUCACUCCACUCUAAAACGGAAUGAAUUACCCCCAGUGCAGCGAUCCGGAUGGCUUUCUGCAUGCCAUCCAUCUUCUCCCGCGUGGCACAACCCUAUUGAUCUCGAUAAACCCGCAGAGCGCCCAUCUCACAAAACCUUUAUUUCCGACCAUCGCCUGUCUAUGGACCCGUGCCUGAAUCCUACCCUUCUCCGCAGCCACGGUCAAUUCCUAUCGCACGACAAUGGGCCAGACCCUCAGAGCACACUAGUUCCGCGUUUUUCCUUCUGUUCGACAGUGGUUCACCAUGAUAUUCGACCGGCUGUUCCCUAUGGCUGGGUCGAGGACCUUCCAGAGUCAGACAAUCCGCCGUGGGAAGAGAGGGUAGACGAAAGACUACUCUGGCGUGGUACGAAUACUGGCAUCUUUCACGGCGUUCAUACCCGGUGGCGACAGGGGCACAGAGACCAUCUGAUACAGUUUGUCAACGAUGUGGCGGGAACGACGGAUGUGCUUCGUUCGCCUCUGAACGCUUCUAAACCUGUCGGGGAACCGGUACCGUUGCGCAAGGCACACCUCAAUCCUGCGUUGAUGGACAUUCAAUUCGCCGGAAAGGCAGGUUCCUGCGCACCAAACCUCUGCGAUGAGCUGGAUAGACUUUAUGACUGGAGAAAAAUGCAGACGCUCCAAGAGGCUGGCCAUUAUAAAUAUGUUUUUGAUAUCGAUGGGCACGGGUGGUCAGGACGGUUUAAGCGCCUCAUAACAUCAAACGCCCUUGUAUUUAAAAACACGAUAUAUCCCGAGUGUUGCACCCUGGGUGCACUAUGUACCUGUACAGAUCGGAUCUGUCUGAUUUGUACGAUACGUUCACUUUCUUUCCGUGGCGGACUCGAUGGAGAAGGCGCACAUGAAGACUUGGCGAAAAAAAUAGCAGCUGCAGGACGCGAAUGGAGCCAAACGUACUGGAGGAAGGAAGAUCUGACAGCAUAUACGUUCCGUCAUCCUUACCAGUUGAUUCAAGGUUUGCUCCUCGAGUAUGCACGCGUCUCCAGUCUCGACCGCGAUGCGAAUGACAUAUAAAGAAGACUUGAACUCGUAGUACUGCGCAACGUUGUACUUGUAACUUAUUGUUGAAAACUUGGAUUUGGUCGUGUCA